AUGCAUACGAGUGAUACUACGACGAAACCAAUUCUACCGAGUUUUGUUGUACAAGAAGAAGGUGCACGUAAAGUACUUGUCUAUUUAAAUAUUCCUGAAUUAAGAGUCAAACGAGCAUUUCCAAAUAUUUUUAAAUUUGUUCCAUCAAAUGGACAUGAAAAAGAACUUGAUUUUAAAAAUCAAUCAUUUACAUUUUCAAUAAAUGUUCAAACAAAAUUAUAUUCAAUUUCAAUUGCACGAUUACCAGGAGAAAUUCAACCUGAACGUUGUUCAAUUAUGUAUCAACGUGGUGGUUGUUGGAUAACAUUAUUUAAAUUAGAACCAAUGUCUUGGAUGAAUAGAAUUUGUGAUAAUUUUAAUCCUGGAUUAGAUAUCGAAGAAGAUGAUAAUCAAACUCCAGAAGCAUCAGCUCCUGUUGAAGAUGUACAAUUAAAAGAUACUGAUAUGCCACCACCAUUCAAUUUAGUUCCGCUAGCUCCUCCUAUACCACCUCGAUCAUCAACAAAAAAAGCACCAGCGCCACCACCACCACCAACAACAACUAAUUAA